UCGCCGUCAGACUGGCCGGUGCGCGACCAAGCAAGCAAAUUUUUAUCUUCUCAUCAUCGUGUGUUUUCAUCGACCCGCAACAAGCAGUGUGAAAAUUGUGUAAAAUUCGGUCAAGCUUUGUGCGAAACCAUUCGGAUUACAGUGGAAAAGUUGCUGGAAGUUGCGGUUCCCGUUUGAGAGGUUUUAUUUUCGUUUGGAACAUCCGGAAAACAGCCGAAAAGGUCGUCAGAAUGGCGUCCUACCAAAUCGCAAAUUUGCUUGAGAAGAUGACGUCCAAUGAUAAGGACUUUCGCUUCAUGGCUACCAACGACCUGAUGACGGAACUCCAGAAGGAUAGUAUCAAGCUGGAUGAUGAAUCGGAAAAGAAGGUCGUACGCAUGGUGCUUCGUUUGCUGGAGGACAAGAAUGGAGAAGUGCAAAAUUUGGCCGUUAAAUGCCUGGGACCACUUGUAAACAAGGUAAAGGAGAAUCAAGUGGAAACCAUAGUCGAUUCGCUUUGCGCCAACAUGGUUUCGAACAACGAGCAGCUGCGGGACAUUUCGAGUAUUGGAUUGAAAACGGUCAUUUCGGAACUGCCACAGUCGUCAAAUUCGUUGGUACCGAACGUAUGCCAACGUAUCACUGGCAAAUUGAGCAACGCUAUCGAGAAGGAAGACGUUUCGGUCCAGCUGGAAGCGUUGGAUAUUUUGUCGGAUUUGCUGUCUCGAUUCGGUGAUUUGUUAGUCCCGUUCCAUGACCUGAUUUUGAAGGCAUUGGUUCCACAACUUGGGUCCGCUCGGCAAGCCGUACGUAAGCGAACGAUUGUUGCGUUGUCGCAUCUUCUGACAACUUGUAACAACAACGCGUACAAUAAGGUAAUCGAACACCUUCUGGAUGGUUUGGAGAAGCCCCAGGAUCAGAGUAUGGUGCGAACGUAUAUUCAAUGCCUGGCUGCUAUUUGUCGUCAGGCAGGACAUCGUUUAUGCAAUCAUAUCGAACGUGUAAUGCUUUUGCUGAACCAGUACAGUCAUCGAGAUGACGAUGAGCUUCGCGAAUUUUGCUUGCAAGCUUGUGAGGCUUUUGUUCAACGUUGCCCGGAAGCAAUAAUGCCGUAUAUUCCAUCGAUUGUUGAUCUGUGCCUCAAAUACAUUACAUACGAUCCUAAUUAUAAUUACGAGGCAGACGAUGGCGAUGGUGGCGUUGCGAUGGACAUGGAAGACGAUGAAGAUAUCGAUAGCGAGGAAUACAGUGACGAUGAUGAUAUGAGUUGGAAAGUUCGCCGCUCGGCGGCCAAGUGUUUGGAAUCUGUUAUUUCAACCAGACAUGAACUGUUGGAGGACUUCUAUAAAACUCUUUCACCCGCGCUCAUCGCUCGAUUCAAAGAACGCGAGGAAAAUGUGAAAUCUGAUAUCUUCCACGCGUACAUCGCCCUUCUGAAGUCUACUCGACCGAUUGGUGAUGAUAUUGCUCACGAUCCGGAUUCGAUGGAGCAAGUCCCCAGUUCUAUCAGCAUGCUUCAGGACCAAGUACCUAUGAUUGUGAAAGCUGUGCAGCCACUAAUGCGAGAGAAAUCAGUCAAAACUCGCCAGGACUGUUUCCUGUUGCUUCGUGAACUGCUGAAUGCAUUACCCGGGGCUCUAUCGAAUCAUAUCGACCAGCUGAUGGGUGGAAUUCACUACUCACUAAAUGAUAAAAACUCCACCUCUAACAUGAAAAUCGACGCUCUAGGAUUUGUAUACUGUAUGUUGGGUGGACACAAUCCCCAAGUUUUCCAUCCACAUAUCAAAACUCUGGUCCCUCUUGUUGAAGCUGCUGUUUUCGAUCCGUUCUACAAAAUCGCUACUGAAGCGCUUCUUGUUUUGCAGCAGUUGGUAAAGGUUAUUCGACCGCUGAAUAUCCAGACUAAUUUUGAUUUUACCCCAUACGUACACCCCUUGUACUCGAGUACUUUGCAAAAACUUCGUUCACCGGAAGUUGAUCAGGAAGUAAAGGAACGAGCCAUUGCUUGCAUGGGGCAGAUUAUUGCAAACAUGGGUGAUGUGCUGCAACAAGAGCUGAACACAUGUUUGCCACUGUUCAUGGAAAGACUGAGAAACGAAGUGACCCGACUGAGCUCUGUGAAAGCACUAACUAUGAUCGCCGCCUCGCCAUUGCGAGUAAAUCUUAGUCCAAUUAUUGCUGAAGUUGUGCCGGUUCUUGGAUCGUUCUUACGAAAGAACCAACGAGCACUCAAGCUUAAUUCGCUCACCUUGUUGGAUACAUUAGUCACGCACUACCACCAGCUUAUCGAUGACAUAUUGUUGCGCAAUGCGGUUUCUGAAGUCCCACCACUGCUCUCGGAAUCUGAUCUACAUGUCGCACAACUUUCACUGGUGCUGCUGACUUCCGUUGCUCGACAUCAACCGCAAGCUUUGAUUGGAGUUCACGAGCAAAUUCUGCCGGAGGUUAUGACUCUGGUACGCUCUCCAUUGUUGCAAGGGACCGCCCUCAACUGUACAUUGAAUCUAUUCCAAGCGUUGGUGCACGCCAAUCUACCGGGACUUAGCUACCGUCAUCUGUUGAACAUGUUGAUGUAUCCCCUCAAUAACCAACAGCAAGGACAACAAUUGCAUAAGCAAGCCUAUCACUCGCUUGCCAAGUGUAUUGCGGCAUUGACGCUGCAGGUACCAAACGAAGCCGUGGCUGUGGCGCGAGAAUUUUUGCGGGAGAUUCAGAACCGUCGUAGUGACGCUCAUUUGGUGUUUUAUCUUCUUACCAUCGGCGAGAUAGGAAGGCACUUCAAUCUGAACUCAAUCGAUUCCUUGGCUCAAAUCGUACUCAACUGUUUCUCGGCCUCAUCCGAGGAUGUAAAGGGUGCUGCGUCCCAUGCAUUGGGGGCCAUUGCUGUCGGUAAUUUGACCCACUAUCUGCCUUUCAUUUUGAACGAGAUCGAAGCGCAACCGAAGAGGCAAUAUCUGUUGCUGCACUCGCUUAAGGAAGUUAUCUCGUCGCUUUCCACCACCAAACAUGGUUUGGAGCAGCUGCUGCCGUCAGUCCCGUCUAUAUGGGCCGAGUUGUUCAAGCACUGCGAAUGCUCCGAGGAAGGAUCUCGCAACGUGGUGGCUGAGUGCUUGGGAAAACUUGUGCUGGUUAAUCCGGAAGAACUGUUGCCACGACUACAGAUGGCACUCGGCAGCGACAGUCAUCUGAUGCGAACAGCUGUUGUCUCGGCUAUAAAGUUCACUAUAUCCGACCAACCCCAAUCGAUUGAUCCACUGCUGCGGCAGUGUAUCGGGCAAUUCCUUUUCGCGCUUCAGGACCCAGAACCAGCGGUUCGCCGAGUAGCACUAGUUGCAUUUAAUUCAGCUGUUCAUAAUAAGCCAAGCCUUGUGCGAGAGUUGCUUCCGGAGCUGCUUCCACAAUUGUACUCCGAAACUAAGGUUAAGAAAGAUCUGAUUCGGGAGGUCGAGAUGGGUCCUUUCAAGCACACUGUAGAUGAUGGGCUGGAUAUACGGAAAGCUGCAUUCGAAUGCAUGUAUACUUUACUAGAACAGGGUCUAGAUCGGGUUGACAUCAUGCAGUUCCUCGAACACGUGCAGGCUGGACUAAAGGAUCACUAUGACAUCAAGAUGUUGACGUAUCUUAUGACUGCGCGGUUGGCUGUCCUUUGUCCCUCCGCUGUAUUGCAAAAACUCGAUCAAUUUGUGGAUCCAUUGAGGACAACGUGCACGCUGAAAGUGAAGGCUAAUUCGGUUAAGCAGGAGUACGAAAAACAAGAUGAAUUAAAACGAUCUGCGCUAAGAGCUGUGGCGGCUCUUCUCCAAAUACCGAAAGCAGAUAAAAAUCAGCAUUUGGCAGAAUUCCUUUCGUUGAUUCGCAGUUCUUCGGAGUUACAACCCUUGUUUGAGUCAGUGCAGAAGGAUUCCUCCGUGAUGACCAACAACAAUGCCGACAGCCUGUCGAUGGACCAGAGCUAGGUGGAGCGUUAUGGUAGUGCGAUUGUUUCUAGCUAUUGGUUCAAAAAACGGAAGGUAUGGUAAGUGACAAGACGCUACUGCUCAUGUGUUUAUCUCUUCGGUCUAAAAGAUCAACAAACGCGAAACAACACGACACAUUCAACUUCUCCCGCGUAUGACUGUUAAAAACAAGGGAAGAUAUUCGUAACAAAAAGUCUACAAGUGAAAUCGAAACGCGUGUGUUUAAACGAAAGAUUGAUGCAUUUAGUUUUAAUAGCAUUUCCCUGAGAUGUACGAUAGGCUAAGGGCAAAUGGUUCGGCGUGCCCGUAUACCUACAACGGAGAUGAUUAUUGACAUGGAAAUUUAUCAUCAGAUGGGUACAUCAAAUAUCAUAAAUAUUUUACUUCGUUUUCUAAAAUCCUUAAAACAACAUUACUGAAUCAAAUCAUAUGUAGUUACAAUAAACCCGCUGAUACAAUUGAA